AUGAACCUUGUCAUCGUGUCCUCUACUAACGACAUGCGCUUGGCGCAGGUAAAGAUACGAAGAAAGAAGAAUGUCAAGAAGGGAAUUCAAUUCUGUCUCAUGGUGUGCGGUGCAAGUGGAACUGGCCGGACCACAUUUGUCAAUACCCUCUGUGGCAAGCGAGUUCUUCAGCCCAAAGAAGCCGACGAUGCAGCCAAUGCUCACCUCGAGGAAGGAGUCAGAAUCAAGCCUGUCACAGUUGAGCUCGAAUUGGACGAGGAGGGCACACGUGUUUCGUUGACCAUCGUGGACACUCCCGGCUUUGGUGAUUUGAUCGACAAUGAAGCUUCCUUCGGCGAAAUUGUCGGCUAUCUUGAGCGACAGUACGACGAUAUCCUCGCAGAGGAGUCUCGUAUCAAGAGAAACCCUCGGUUCCGGGACAAUCGUGUGCACGCGCUCCUCUAUUUCAUCACCCCCACGGGUCAUGGCUUGCGCGAACUCGACAUCGAGUUGAUGAAGCGCCUCUCUCCCCGCGUCAAUGUGAUUCCGGUGAUCGGUAAGGCUGAUUCCUUGACCCCGGCUGAAUUGGCCGAGUCCAAGAAAUUGGUCAUGGAAGACAUUGAACACUAUCGCAUCCCCGUCUACAACUUCCCUUACGACAUUGAAGAGGAUGAUGAAGACACCGUCGAAGAGAAUGCAGAGCUACGUGGCUUGAUGCCGUUUGCCAUUGUUGGAUCCGAAGAUGUGAUUGAGAUCGGAGGCCGGCGAGUUCGUGCACGACAGUAUCCGUGGGGAAUUGUGGAAGUUGACAACCCUCGCCACUCGGACUUCCUUGCCAUUCGCAGCGCGCUCCUGCAUUCGCACCUUGCCGAUCUCAAAGAAAUCACCCACGACUUUCUGUAUGAGAAUUACCGAACGGAGAAGCUCAGCAAGAGCGUGGACGGCGGUGUCUCGGCCCAAGAUUCUUCGAUCAACCCUGAAGACCUGGCCAACCAGUCGGUCCGUCUGAAGGAAGAACAAUUGCGACGCGAAGAGGAGAAACUGCGGGAAAUCGAGGUUAAAGUCCAGCGAGAAAUCAAUGAGAAACGACAAGAACUGUUGGCACGGGAGAGCCAGCUUCGUGAGAUUGAGGCACGGAUGCAGCGUGAACAGAGCCAGGGAAUGGAUGACAUGAAUGGUCAUGGCCACCAAGACGCAUAA